CGGUGUGCUGGUGGUGUGACACGUCUUCAGCAGCAGCAGUUUCUAACAAUCUCCGUGUUACAGGCUGUCUAACGUCAAACCAUGGCCCAGGACUUGACUCUGCUGUGGGGCACCGGCUCUCCUCCCUGCUGGAGGGUGAUGAUCGCCCUGGAGGAGAAGAAGCUGCAGGGCUACAACCAUAAACUGCUCUCCUUCGACAAAAAUGAGCACAAGUCGCAAGAAGUGUUGGAUAUAAAUCCCCGGGGUCAGCUUCCCUCUUUCAAGCAUGGCGACGUCAUUGUGAACGAAUCCUAUGCAGCCUGUUUUUACCUGGAGAGUCAGUUCAAAUCCCAGGGGAGCAAGCUGAUCCUUGACAACCCAGCAGAACAGGCACUGAUGUACCAGCGCAUGUUUGAGGGACUGACGUUCUACGAAAAACUGAAUGCAGUUAUCUACUACAGCUGGUAUGUCCCUGAGGAAGAGAGGCACGACUCAGCACUCAAGAGAAACAGGGAGGCUCUGGCAACUGAGCUCAAACUCUGGGAUGGUUACCUGCAGAAGCUGGGUGACGACUCAUACCUGGCCGGACGGUCCUUCUCUCUGGCAGAUGUGACCGUUUUUCCGACUGUUGCUACUGUUUUCAGAUACGGGUUGUCUGCAGAGCGUUACCCGCACCUGGGAAAGUAUUACACUCUGCUGCAGGAGAGGCCAAGCAUCAAAGCCAGCUGGCCUCCUCAUUGGCUGGAGAACCCUGAGGGCCAAGACACACUCAAAGACAUCUGAUAUCUGCACUGCACUGCAGAGCUGUGUGAAAUGUUCUCAUGUGGAUUCUCUAAUAAUCCUUACUCUAAUAAUCCUAGAAUCCCAAACUGAAAUUGUCAGAAAUCAGACUUGCAGUCAAGUCCCGGAUAGAAUUGUGUUGAGCUGUUUGUUUGUUGACAUAGCAGUUUAUGUUGCCCAGAUACAAGUCGUGUGUAUCUAGUCUCUGUUGACUUAAUAAACUAAGAGUUACUAGA